UAGACCUAAAAGUGGCUUGCCCAGGCAGCCUGGCGUGAAGGUUCGGGUGCUGAGCCCUCCAUCAGACGCGGCGGCCAAGGCCUUAGCCAGGGGCCCUCUCACCCUACCCUCCCGGAGCGGGGGGCCCUCGCACCCCACCCCACCCGACCUGCUGGGAGCCCCGGGCGCCCCGUACCGCCCAGCCCGGAGCCCUGCAGUUUCCGGGCACGCACCAGGGGCUCCACUCUGGCGAGCCUGGCCGGGGCGGAGCUGCGGAGUCCGGGGGGUGGCUCCCAGACCCGCGGUCUGUAGCCAGGGCCCAGCGAGACCAGGGACCGCCCCCGCGUCCUCCGGACGGCCCCCGCCGGGCCUUAAAAGCCUGCCCCGCAGCGGCUGGAGGCGCGGAGAUACGUGCGCCCCGGCCCCGACAGCCGGCCCGAGCAGUCCCAUGGCGGGCCAGCGGUGCGGAGGUGGGGGGGGGGUGUCUUUCCCCCUGGCAUCACAAUCCGGGUGGUCUCUGCCCCCAGAGCAGGUGGCCCUGGUAAUUGGGGGCCUCGCUGGGGGGUUGCUACUGCUACUGUUGCUGAUCUGGGUGAGCUGCUGUCUCUGGAAGAAGCUUCGGGCCCUGUCCACCUAUGAGGAGCUGCCAGGGAGCACCGCUGCCUCCAGCGUACAGGGGGGCAAGCUCUACCCCCCACCUGCCAGGACGCAGACAAGCAGGCCUCCAGGUGUGCCGUUCGUGGUGCCUCCUUCCCUUCAAGACCAAGACUGGGUACCCCUACACCGUGGAGAGUGGGCCCAGGCCCCACAGGACCCUUGCCUCUCCCCAGAGCUCCUGCCCCGCCCCUCCAGUGGCAGCGUUGGAAAUACAGGCACGGUGGCGACCAUCAACCCAGAUCUAUAUAAGUUCCUGGAGGACAAGAGUGAAACCGACUUCCCUGAGGGCUGCCUGGGACGGCUGUGGUUCUCCGUGGAAUAUCAGCAGGACGCCGAGCGGCUGUUGGUGGGCUUAAUCAAGGCUCGGAGGCUGCAAGCCCCCUCGGAGAGCUGCAGCCCCCUCGUGAAGCUGCACCUGCUGCCCGACGAGCGGCGCUUCCUCCAGUCGAAGACCAAACGCAAGACCUCCAGCCCGCAGUUUGAUGAGCACUUCAUCUUCCAGGUGUCCAGCAAGAACAUCACUCAAAGGGUACUCAGGUUCUCCGUGUACCACGUGGACAGGCAGAGGAAGCACCAGCUCCUGGGCCAGGUGUUCUUCCCCCUGAGAAAUGAGCCUCUGGCCGGUGACUGCCCGCAUGUCAUCUGGAGAGACCUGGAGGCUGAGAGUGGAGAGCCUCCCUCCGAGUUUGGAGACCUGCAGUUCUGUCUCAGCUACAAUGACUGCCUGUGUCGCCUGACUGUGGUCGUGCUGCGAGCCAAGGGUCUCCAGCUCCAGGAGGACACGAGUUUCAUCAGUGUGUUUGUCAAAGUGUCUCUGAUGAACCACAACAAGUUUGUCAAGUGCAAGAAGACUUCGGCGGUGCUGGGCUCAGCCAACCCCGUGUACAGCGAGACUUUCAGCUUCAAGGCCGAUCCUGCGGAGCUGGACACUGCCAGCCUCAGCCUGACCGUGCUGCAGAGCACCAGAGGGGAGAACAGCCACCAGCUGGGCCGGGUGGUCGUGGGCCCCUACAUGUACGCCCGAGGCAGACAGCUGGAGCACUGGAACGCGAUGCUCAGCAAGCCCAAGGAGCUGGUGAAGCGCUGGCACGCGCUCUGUCCCACCCCUGAGCCCUGACUCGGCUCAGGACCUCCGCUCUGCCUCCGGAGUCUGCCCUCCCCUGUGGCAGCCACGAGCCUGGACGGUCGGGCCAGCAUCUCCUUGGGCUGCCAGGGCGGCCUGAGCCAGGGCAGCGUGCAUGCCGAGAGGCAGGAGAGAAGAGGGACCAGCGAGCUCCAGCCGGGUCAGCAGCAUGGCUGGCCGCCACCUGCCGGCCUCAGAGA